AGGCAGCUGUUCAGCUGUUUUCGGAGUGUUGGAAAACUUUUAACGUGGUCUGGCCUGGCAAAAAGUAAUUUGUGAAAUAAAACAUGAGUUCUGGCUUUGUGACUGAAGCUGAGGCUGCCGAGCAAAGGCAGAGACGUCAGGAGGAAUGGGAGCGUGUACGUCAACCGGAAGAUCCAGUCGAACGACCCGAGGAGCCCUACGACGCACGCUCAUUGUACGAACGCCUCAAAGAGAAUAAGGAUAAGAAGGACAUGGAGUACGAGGAGGCUCACAAGCUGAAGAACCUGAUACGCGGGCUAGACGAUGACGAGGUGCAGUAUCUAGAACUGGUCGAUGCCCGCAAAAUGAACGCGGAGCGUCAACAAAUGCGAGAUGAGGAGCUGGAACUAAGGGACUUUCGCAAUCGCGUUGAAAAGCUGCAGGAGGAGAGCGUGGACAAGAAACUGCAGGCGGAGCUUAAGACAACGGCCAAAUCCGCAGGAGCUGCCGUUGUUGGACGCAGCACUCAGAAGUCGUUACUUGGCCAGGGCAUCAAGCGAAAGAAUGGCGAACUGCCCACCACCAGCAAGUUGGCCAAGACAGCCGAGGAUGAGGCAAAGGAACCCGAGAAGACUGCACCCACAUCGACGCCCAAUACGCUGAUCACAGACAAAUAUAAUACAGGCGCAUUAAAGUGCAUCGGUCUGCUGCCGGGCAUAGGAUCCUACACGGAGUCCAGCGACUCGGAGGCCAGCACGGACGAUGACGACCACGCAUCGUGCACCCGCACAGAUCUGUGCGGCCGCAAGAUACUGAAGAAGAAAGAUCAGUGCGCCGAGUAGGAUCAAACAGUUUACUUGGAUUCUUAUAUGUAGUUUUUCUUUCCUUGCAACAGAAUAUAGCCUAGAGUGUAAACGUA